ACCAACACUGCCAGAUAAAGUAGUCCACUGCCAGUAGAUCCUCUGUCUACAGUCGGUGGUGUUCUGGCGCCCUCUGUUGUGUGACGAGGGAAGGCCAGGGACAGACAGGAUGGAGAACGUGUUUGAGGAGGGGAUGAACCAUGUCAUCAUUGCCCAUUACAACCACUCUGGGAAGUGGGGUCGACCUCGGAGCAGUGCGGCCUGUAAGACUGUUGUCCUCCUCCUCAUCUGUGUCCUCAUCGUGCUGGAGAACAUCACAGUGCUGCUGGCGCUGUGGAGGAACAAACGCUUCCAUAGUCGCAUGUACUUCCUCAUCGGUAACCUGGCACUGUCUGACCUGUUGGCUGGGGUGGCCUAUAUGGUUAACAUCUUCACCUCUGGUAGCAGGACCUUCUUCCUGACGCCGGCACAGUGGCUGGCAAGAGAGGGAAGCAUGUUCGUGGCCCUCAGCGCAUCCACCUUCAGCCUACUGGCCAUCGGUAUCGAGAGACACAUGACCAUGGUGCGUCUGCGUCCGUGCGAGGCGGCGGGGCGGGGGAGGUUACUGGGGCUGCUAGGGGCAUGCUGGGCCGUGUCGGUGCUGCUCAGUGCCCUGCCUUCCCUGGGCUGGAACUGCCUGGAGCACCUGGCCUCCUGCUCCACCGUUCUGCCCCUCUACGACAAGAGUUACGUGGCCUUCUGCAUCAGCGUGUUUAGCGCCCUGCUGGUGGCCAUCAUCAUCCUCUACAUCCGCAUCUACCGGCUGGUGACAUCCAGCGGACGGAAGGUUAGCAGCAGGCCCUCGGAGCACUCACUGGCCCUGCUGAGGACGGUGGUGAUAGUUCUGGGGGUGUUUGUGAUGUGCUGGGCCCCGCUGUUCCUGCUGCUGCUUCUGGACGUGGGCUGCAGUCCGGAGCGCUGCCCUGUGCUCUACCAUGUGGACUGGUUCAUUGCCCUGGCCGUGCUCAACUCAGCACUCAACCCCCUCAUCUACACCCUGUCCAGCAGGGAGAUGAGAGCAGCUUUCUUCAGGCUGCUGUGCUGCUAUCAGCCUCAACUGGAGGCCCCAGCCCCUAUGGCAGGCAACCCCCACCUGGGGACUUUCAUCCCCACGGCUGAGAACAGCAAGUCCAAUGUGGGGGGAGGAGGUAGUGGGAUAACGGGAGCUGCCAAGUCUCUGACCCGGGGGAAGAUCGCAACGCCCCUGAACUCUAACAACCAGCAUUUAGACCCCUCCGCCCCCACGGUGCCACACCUCUCUGGACCGGCCGACCUGCUGUCAGCGGUGCUGGUCAAGGCUGGGGCACUGCCCUCCCUCAGCAAGUUCUGACUGGACAGCUAAUUGACUGUAGACUGGUCCCAGAUAUGUAUGCGCUCUAGUAGUCUAGCCAACUACUCUGACUAUCGUUGUCAUGCCAUGUUUGUCAUAGUUGGCUAAUGCACAUCCAGAUCUUGGACCAGGCUAGAUUCACACGACAUGGCUAGCUGGCAAUGCUGUGUGUGGGCAUUGUACAGGCAUGAUCAAUGGGACAAUUUCAGUAUCUACUGGUGAAAGUAAUGACCGAGGAGACCUUGGGUAGACACUUGGAUGAGGUUUCUACUGAUUAACUUUCUGUAAAUACAUUGCUUCACCAAUGAGCCUGCAAAGCGAAGAUCCGCUAAGGAUCUACUCUUACCAUAGCUCAUCUAAAGCCACUAUUUUGCAAAAACAUUCAAAGGACUCACAUUGAACCUUUGUACCUAAUACAUAAUUUACAUAACUAUGGAACACAAUGCAAAAUGUUACCAAGUCAUGUAAUAGAGGGCUGUUUAAUGUCGGUCCUGGAAGGCCAAAACACUUCUGUUUUGGGGGGACUGAUUCAGACCUGGGACACCAGGUGAGUGCAGUUGACUACCAGGUACAAACAAAAACCAGAAGUGUUUUGAAUUGAACAGCCCUGUAAUAGAGCAUAAUAUAGCUUUAUUAACUAUAUAUCGUGUGGGAACAGUGAAUUAAUUGUAAUAAACUGUUUAUAUGUGUGUAAUAGAGGAUGGGUGGUGUGCAAAUAUAAGUAGGAUCACUGUGUAUUGCACAUGCAGUGUCUAUUGUUUUUCUGAUUCACCUGCCUUUCUCUUUCUAUGUCAGCACAGGAUAUUUAUUUUCAAUGAAGACCAAGGCCUUCUUAGUGCUA